AGAUUCUUAUAUCGUAUGCCAGCAUACGUAAUGCUAAUGAUCAUAUAAGAACCACAAUUUUAAUCGAGAGAUCUCAACAAAUGUAAACCCCUUUAUUGAUGGACAGAAAUUAACAUCAUAUGCAACACCCUGAUCUGAUCGACGUAAGCGGACAUCACGUGCAACCUCUUGUGUUCAUCGUGAAACGUUGAAAUCACAUGCAACACUCGGUGUUAAUCGUUGACAUAAAAGCGUACCCAGUGUGUUGAUAGACAGUAAUUGACAUCACAUACAUACCCCUGUGUUGAUCGACAGAUGUUGACAUCGCAUUCCUACGCCGUUGUUGUUGAUCGAGACAUGUUGAAAAAUGCAAAUCCCCGUGUUGAUGGAGAUAUGUUGACAAAUGAAACAUCAUGUCCCAAUCGAGAGGUCUCGGAAUCACUUGACAGCUUCUCCGGAGUUCCAGACAUGUUUACACCAAAUGACAGUUUUUAUAGCAAAGAUGAGGGGCAGUUCUGGUGUGAUACAUGCGGGCAUUGUCUAUCGGACCUGGUUAGUUUGACACGGCAUGUUUCGGAGCACAUUGUUAUAAAUGACUCCCAUGUAAGUCACACUUCUCAUGCAGGGCAACGGUGUAAACAGGAACUUAUAACUGAUGGAGAUGCCCAGAAACAAAUAGGGGGCACAAGGCUAGGUGCUCCCGACUCCCCCCAGACUUCUGGAAGUCAAUACGCGUGCUCUGUAUGUGGGAUAGUGUUCCUAGAGAUGCAUGAGUUCAAAAGACACCGACAUCUUCACAUUGGAACAGACACAAAUUCUCCAAAUGAAAGCUCUCCUCAAGUCAAACGGGAUAUGGUGAAAUGUGAUUUGAACAUGAGCACUAAUAAUGUGGGUAAUAAAUCCAAGGUAUGCAAUUUUAUUUUGUCAAGCCACCUGACUAAGCAUAUUUGCAGUGUUUGUGGAAAGGAAUUUGCCAGACGCUCGGACCUCACAAAUCAUAUGAGGAUUCACACAGGAGAGCGGCCACACAGUUGCAGCGUUUGUGGAAAGGGAUUUGCCAGGGUCUCUCACCUCACUCGGCAUAUGAUGAUUCACACGGGAGAGCGACCGCACAGUUGCAGUGUUUGUGGAAAGGAAUUUGCCAGGGGCUCGGUCCUCACACGGCAUAUGAGAGAGCGGCCACACAGUUGCAGUUUUUGUGAAAAGGAAUUCGUCACCAGUGGCAACCUCACACGGCAUAUGAGGAUUCACACGGGAGAGCGGCCACACUGUUGCGGUAUUUGUGAAAAGGACUUUUCCUCAAGUUCCGACCUCACUAUGCAUAUGAGGAUUCACACGGGAGAGCGGCCACACAUUUGCAGCUUUUGUGGAAAGGGCUUUGUCAGUAGUUUCUGCCUCACUAAGCAUAUGCGGAUUCACACGGGAGAACGGCCACAUAGUUGCAGUGAGAGCGGCCACACAUUUGCAGUAUUUGUGGAAAGGACUUUGUUGCACGUUCUGUACUCAAAAGACAUAUGA